AGCGCGUCAUAAAUGUCUUCCUUCGCGCGGCGCUCGCCCCUCCAUUUCUGUUGAAGCCGAUUUGUGUUUUGAUAUAAUAUUACUCGAUAUUUUAUGGUUUUAUUUUAUUUACGCAGUUUAUUUAGUUCAGACUUAGUUUAUUAUUCGUGUCGACAGCCAUGACCUGGGGUUUUGUUACUUGUGGUCCGAAUGAGGCGCUUGUAGUGUCAGGAUGCUGCUACUCAAAGCCGCUGCUGGUGCCGGGCGGACGAGCGUUCGUGUGGCCGGCCGUGCAGCGCGUGCAGCGGAUAUCCCUCAACACCAUGACCCUACAAGUGGAGUCUCCCACCGUCUACACCAGCCAGGGGGUGCCCAUCUCCGUUACUGGUAUUGCGCAGGUCAAAAUCCAAGGUCAGAACGCCGAGAUGCUGCUCUCCGCGUGCGAGCAGUUCCUAGGCAAGUCGGAGCAGGAGAUCCAACACAUAGCGCUGGUAACCCUCGAAGGUCACCAGCGAGCUAUUAUGGGCUCCAUGACCGUCGAGGAGAUAUACAAGGACCGGAAGAUAUUCUCCAAAAAGGUGUUCGAAGUGGCUUCGAGCGAUCUCAUCAACAUGGGGAUCACUGUAGUGUCCUACACAUUGAAAGAUAUCCGAGAUGAGGAGGGAUACCUAAAAGCUUUGGGUAUGGCGCGUACGGCGGAGGUCAAGCGGGACGCACGCAUAGGCGAAGCGGAGGCACAAGCUGAAGCGAAAAUCAAAGAGGCGAUGGCAGAGGAGCAGCGAAUGGCCUCUAGGUUCCUCAACGACACUGAAAUUGCUAAAGCGCAAAGAGAUUUCGAACUUAAAAAGGCAGCUUAUGAUGUCGAAGUGCAAACGAAAAAGGCGGAAGCGGAGAUGGCCUACGAGUUACAAGCGGCCAAGACGAAGCAACGCAUCAAGGAGGAACAGAUGCAGAUUAUGGUAGUGGAGCGGACGCAGGAGAUCGCCGUCCAGAAAUGGGAAGUACAGCGCCGGGAGAAAGAGCUAGAGGCCACAGUCCGCAGGCCUGCGGAAGCGGAAAAGUUCAAGCUGGAGAAACUGGCGGAGGCGCACAGGCUGAAGACCGUGCUCGAGGCUGAGGCCGAGGCAGAGGCCGUCAAAGUUCGCGGGGAGGCGGAGGCGUACGCUAUCAAGGCGAAGGCUGUUGCGGAUGCCGAGCAGAUGGCCAAGAAGGCCGAGGCAUGGAAGGAGUACGGGUCUGCCGCCAUGGUCGACAUGAUGCUAGAGACUCUGCCUAAGGUGGCAGCGGAAGUGGCGGCGCCGCUGUCGCAGGCGCGCAAGGUGACGAUGGUGUCGUGCGGCGGCGGCGAGGUGGGCGCGGCCAAGCUCACCGGCGAGGUGCUCAGCAUCGUGCAGUGCAUCCCCGAGCUCGUCAAGGGCGUCACCGGGGUCGACAUCUCCAAGGCUCGCGCCCUCUAAUCCAGCAUUCUACGUAGAGAUAACAGGACUUAAAUGUUAUUUACGUAGUCAUUUACCCACUUUAUUUUUUAAUUCGAAUUUAUAUAUUAUCUACUAUUAAAAGGUAAGUGAUAAUUUGUUCAACCUAAGUGCCACUUUGGAAUAUUAAAGUAACAAAAACAAAAUUAUACCAAAGCUAAAUUGUAUUUAAAAAGACUUUCGUUUUUGCAGGCGAUUUGAAUGUAUAAUGUUGAAAUCAAAAAAUUAAAACAUCGAUCAAAACUUAAAUUCUAUUAUUCAUGACUAAAUAUAAUAAGUACAAUAUUAUAUUAUAUUUUUUAGAAGACGAUCCUACUAAUUGUACAUAUUUUCAGUAAUGCUCUAAAAGUUUCAGAUAAGAGAUCUUUAAAAUCAGUAUUCGCUAUAAAGAGUAAAAAUCUAUAAGAAAAUAUAUAAUUCUACUUUGUAAUUGAACGUGGUUAGUGUUAACUCAAUUUACAAUUGUUUAAGGUUAGAUCCUCGUAGCGGGGGAUUGUUUUGAUUCGUAUAUCCAGGGUGACUAAUAGAUCUUCUCUUGUGGUGACUUUAGAAAACUAAAUGGUCUGGAUCGCCAUUUGUAUUCAAAUCUGUAAUGCAGGUCAAAGAGCAAAUAGACACACAGGCCCCGUGUUCGUUAAGUCACAGGGGCGGCCCUAGCAAAAUAUUUAGGUGCUGCGAUAUCUCACAUUGGCGCAUUUCAAAAUAGAUUUUUUCGAUUAGUUUACGGUCACCGAAAUAUACCUUUAUUGAAUCUUUCUAAAAAGCCACCCAUUAAAAUGUAGGAGUUUUGUAGUUUGUAUUAUCUCCUAAACACUACCAAAAUCAGUACACGCCCCGACGGAUACCAUCAAUUAUUAACAGUAUACCCUAUUAGAGCCUCCAUACCUCAUUCAAUUAGGUUUAUUUUAGUUUAAAAACAAAUUACCAUUGUUGUGUCGUCUAUUUGCGGUUUGAUCUAAGAACAGUCACUACUAGAUCUGAUUAAGGCCUUCUGCACGGAAUCUCGUGCGUACAACGAUAGCAGAACAUUCUGAAUUAAAUAGCGCCAUUGAUUUUAGUUUCGUAUAGCGUAUGUUGAUCAUAAAUGUGAAAAUUGACCAAUUGCCUAAAUUCUUUUCCAAAGUAGAAGAUUACUAACGACUGUUAUACAAAAAUAAUACCUAUAUUUUUUUAUUUAGCUAAACUGUCAUUAGGGUAAAUGAAAAUAUUUGGUGUUCAGAAAAGUACAGUUUAGAAAUUAUAAUUGUAAUGUAGCGCAUUCGUAGUACACCAUUGGCGUCUUUUCUAAAAUUCAUAUACUAUUAGUGGUUUUGACGUACAUUUGUAUGAGGGUUAGUGGUUUAGUGAAGCAGUUCAUUCGUCACCUAGUCAAUUGCUUUGAAAUAUAAAAUGUUAUUGUUAUGUUUAUCUAUAUUUACAUAAAACACUAUUUAUUUCAGUGUAUUUGGAUUGCGCAUCUAUAAUGUAAUUAUAGUAAUGCGUUUGCAUUUAAUGAAAAUUAAAUUUUAGUCGAAUGUAUAAUGGCUUCUCUGCAAUUGUGACGUAGUACAGGCCAACCGCGUUUGUCAAAAUAUUUAAUUCUGUAUCAUGUUUACUCAUCUGCUUUAGUUGGUACAUGAUUCUUCAUGAACAUGCCUUUACGUUUCUAUUUCAAUGUUUUACAAUGCAGAACAUGUACUUAUUUGAAGAUAUAGACUAAUUGAUGAAAUUCGCGAGAUAUUCAUUCUAUAUGUAUUUCACUAAAAUAUAUGAUGUGAAUCUCUAAUAUGUAGAGGGUCAUUUAUUUUUGUAGUGGCCACGUUAUCACUAUGAUGCUUAUGUAUAUUCAGUUCUUAUGGCAUAUACAUUUAUCUCGGCCAGUUCUUGUUGGCUCUGGUACGAUGUUUUUAUUUUUCAUUUUAUGUUUUUGAAUUUUAUUGUUCAUCUAGCGUAGAUAGAGUUAAUAAGGUUAAAUAAAGCAUCUUAUUAUAGGAGUACAAAAGAGAUAUAACUUAGGAUUUUCUAAGUUUAUUUACUUAGCUUGUUUUCAUAAUAAUUGUGUGAAAAGUUUGCUUCUCUGUCAGCACAAACAUUAAAAAUACUGCAUGUUUAGCUUUAAAACAAUUAUUUUUCAAAUACUGUGCUACGUGGAGGUCACUACAUUCCAUGCGAAAAUGUUAUGAUACCUACCUUAGAUAUAUUUGAAGUUCUAAUUAGCUUGUAUAUUCAAUGUGCGUAGUGCUUGGCUUAUGCACAAAUAUUAAAGGAUAAUUGUACGGCAGACAUGGAUAAAAUGGGUCGUUAGUUUAACGAGAGGCAAUAAAAAGCGUGUUAAAAAAGGCGUAGUUGUGAUUGUAUCAGUCCAUGAAAUAACUAUUUUUCAAUGUUGCAUUUAAAGCGCAAAUACUAGCUUAUUAAUAUGUAAUGUGGUGACCGCCUCUUUCUUUAAGUGUAAGGGUGAUGUGUUAUUAUCUGUAGUGGAGAUCAUAGCAUAGAAUCCGACCAUAUUAAACUUUUUUACGUAGAGUAGAUACUUACUAACUUGAUGCGACAUGAAUCUUAGAAUAUGGUUAAAAGUCUUUCAUUGUUGACGGAAGGUUUUUCAAGGUUGGAUCCUAGGCUACUAAAUCUUAUGAAUCGUGAAUAAGGAAAUGGCAUAAUAUGAUAGGAGAUUGAUGCACUGAGAGUGGCACAACUAUUUCUUUAUAUUCUGUGUGAAUCACAAUUUUGAACAAUGUAUGUGUAUUGACGUGGUUUUUAUUCAUGUAUAUUCAAUAAAAAUUACAGAAUA